CUGUGAUGUUCGAAUGAGUGCAGUGACUGCAUAACUGCUCUAUUGAGGGGAUGGAGAUGCUGUUGUCAUCAUUACAUGGGUGCUGCCCAUGCAGGACAGUGGUUUGAGUCUCUGACGUUUCAGGCUUGACAUCUGCAAUGAGGAAACCCCAGAAUGGCCUACAUUUGCUUGGCUGAAUGGUACUGCUGGAGGUCAUCCCAUUGCUCACAGUGACACCCGUGGUCAACUACGUGCCUAUAGUGCUGCAAGAAGACCUGACUGAGUAGCAUUUUUCCUCCAUUCUUGUUAUGUCACCUGUUGCAGCCUGCAGUCCAAAAGGUGAAAAGAAGUUUGCAACUCAUACGGCUUAUAAAUAGACUCCAGUGGAGAUACUUUGCUCACCUUUCCUGAGGCCUCCAUAGGAAUAGAGGUGACCAUUUUGAAAUGGAUUAUACAGAAGAAGGGAGAAAAGUGGAAGAAGUGGUGGAAUAUGUUCCCAUGGAGAACAGGAACACCACCUCCAGCGAGCCAUCUCGGCACAGCAGGUUUAUGGGGAGAAGCGGGAGAACAUGGUCAUCCCUGUACCUGAAGCGGAGAGCAACAUUAUCUACUAUGAUUCCCUCUAUCCCGGGGAAUUCAAGAUGCCAAAGCAGCUCAUUCACAUACAGCCUUUCAGUCUGGAUGCAGAGCAGCCAGACUAUGAUAUGGAUUCAGAAGAUGAGGCGUUUGUGAAUAAGCUGAAGAAGAAGAUGGAGAUAACACCCCUCCAGUUUGAGGAGAUGAUUGACCGUUUGGAAAAGGGAAGCGGACAGCAGCUGGUAACACUACAAGAGGCCAAGCUGCUUCUCAAGGAGGACGAUGAAUUGAUCCGCGAGGUGUUUGAGUACUGGAUAUGCAAACGGAAAGCUAGCAAGAACAUUUCCCUCAUUCCUACAGUCAAGCAGGAGAAGCGCGAUGGCUCCAGUACGAACGACCCCUAUGUGGCCUUCCGCCGGAGGACUGAGAAGAUGCAAACGCGCAAGAACCGCAAGAACGACGAGGCAUCAUACGAAAAGAUGCUGAAACUGCGGCGAGAUUUAAGCCGAGCGGUCACCAUAUUGGAGAUGAUUAAGCGCAGGGAGAAAAGCAAGAGAGAGUUGCUACACCUCACUCUGGAGAUUGUGGAGAAGAGGUAUGGCAUGGCUGACUUCGGCAGUGAAGUCAUGGCGGAGGUGCUGGCGCAACGAGCUCUGGUCAAGCCUACUUACACGGUACCCAUCGUUCCAUUGUCCAACAGCAGUCAGUUUAGGCAUCAAGAUCAUGUGGAGCUAAAGGACUACAAGCCCAAGCCUGAGAAGACUGAAGUUGUCAGGACAAAAAGGAAAUAUGAGAAGUCCAAAGUCUUACAGCCAUCAGCUUCUGCUCCUCAGCAGUCCAGUCCCCCAGUGUUCAAUGCCAAGGACCUCAACCAAUAUGACUUCCCCAGCUCAGACGACGAAGGUUUCUCCCAGAUCCAUUCAGGCUCCUCAGAGGCAGAAGAAGAAAAUGACCCAGACGGUCCCUUUGCUUUCCGGAGGAAGGCAGGCUGUCAGUACUAUGCUCCUCGAACUGACCAUUGCGGUGCAUGGCCGUGGAAUAGCCCAUCUGACGGAGGGCUUGGAGAUGUGCGGUACAGAUUUUGCCUCACUUCUCUCUCGGUGCCACACCGCUGUGUGGGGUUGGCGCGGAGACGCAUGGGCCGAGGUGGCAGGGUUUUGCUGGAUCGAGCAUUCACGGACUUCGAUGCUGAGCUGGAUCCGCAAUCACCAGCACACUCAGCCCGCACCACAGUCCAUGCACUAGCCAGUACCUCAAAUACGAAUACCUCGGACAGAAGCAGCCCUCCCCACCCUCACAAAGUCUUGUUGAAAAUUAAAUCAUGUCGAUGGAAACAUUUUAGACCCCGGAUACUACCGUCCUGUGAUUCUGAAGGCACAGAGCCUCAAUCAAAAAGACCGUACCAGGGAUCAGCCAGAACGCCCUCUUUGCAGUCUGGCACUAUGGUGUGCAGCAUCCCCCCCCAGAGCAGAAGGGGCUGUGGUCCCUCAGCUGUCACUACCGGCUUCACAGCCGAGCAGUACCAGCAGCACCAGGAGCAACUGGCACUGAUGCAGAAGCAACAGUUGGCACAGACACAGCAGCAGCAUGCCAGCAGUACGUCUGGCAACAUGUCUGCCACCAGCAGCACACAGAGUUUGGUGUCCAAGACGUUAGAUUCCGUAAGUGCCCAGUUUGCUGCUUCCGCAUUGGUGACAACCGAGCAGCUAUUGGUGCACAAACCCAAAGAGGAUGGCGUUCUGGGAGUCGGCGUCAAUGGUGUCGUUCAAGCUUCAGGAGUAUACAAGGGCUUACACCUCAGUAGCACCUCAUCCACUGUACUUCACACAAGCCAGCCAAUGACAACAACCACAUCCACAGCGGGGUCUGCUGUCCACCAGCCCUUCAACAGCAACACCGUGUCCAGCACGACCACACAAGUCCCUGGCUCCCUCAGUGAGCCCAGCAACCAUGGGAUGACCGCCAACUCUACUACUCAGGUCCUGAUCGGGAACAACCUCCGCCUGGGCGUGUCCUCGCCGAGCUGCACCGUAACCUCUGUGUCCGCCCUGAGUGCACGCCAUGUGCCCAGAACUCUAGGCCCCAUGCCACCAUCUGCCUUAAAGCUGGCUGCUGUCGCUGCCAACUGUCAAAUGCCCAAGGUCACAACUGCGCCCUCCAUGGACAUGGUGCCAAGGGAAAAGCACGAUCAAGAGAAGCCAGCACUAAACAGUCUAGCUGACAAUACGGUGGCCAUGGAAGUGACGUAGUGUCUGCCGGCAGGGUCCUGUGCUUGGGUUCUCAUCCAGGUGCUAUGCAUCAUAGCAUUUUAAAUGCAAAAGGAUGGCAGAAUGCAGCACAUUGUUUCCAUGGCAACUGUUGGGACUUAAUUGCAAUUCUCAUCUCAUCGCUUUUCAAUUUUUUUUGUUACUGUUAAUAGGAGGAAUCAACAUCUAUAAAUUAUAUGACAAUUAUAUGUACAGUACCGCAUAUUUGUAAUAUUCCUUGUAUAUAUGUUACUUGAAUACAGAACUCUUCAUUUGUGAUGUUUUGCACUUGGGAAAAAUGUCAGAAAAUUAAACCGAAGCGAGUGUGUGAGAUGUGAGUUAUAUAGGGAAGAUAUGUCAUCACGUGCAUGGUGAGAAACCUGCUGUUUUAUCUAUUUAUUGUGCUGUGUUUACAGGUUUUUGUUUUUUCUUUUUGUACACUGUACCCUCAUUGGUUCCUGUGCUGUAGUAAAUGUUAGGUAGCUAUGGACUCCUGUAUUUUGUAUAUUGUGAACAUUAAUCAGGUUCCCUUGUGGGGUACCUGAGUUCUGUGUAGUGUGGAGAACUAAUGGUGACAUACAUACAGAAGGCAGGGUUUCGUGUGGGAUGGGGGGGUGGAGUUAAAGGAUCAGUUUUGUUCAUGGGUAACCUUACAUUGUGGGAUCUUCCAUUUAUAUUGUCCCAAGACAACAAGUAACAAAGUCUCUUCCCAGAAGCCAUUGUGGUUUCUGAAUUAACAAAGCACUAUAACUGUUACUCUUCAUUAUUGCUGCUUUUCUAUAAUCUUGGUCCCUGGUUUUCAUUAAAUGGAGUCCUAAUAUGUGUUUUUAUACACACACA